AUGCACCAGUGCUACGAAUUUUAUAAACUUAAAUCUUAACUUUAUAAUUUGUUUUCUAAUUUCUGGAAACAAUUUGAUUCAAAGAUGGGGUUUCUUGAUCUGUUUUCUGCUGCUUCUAUGCCUGUUCUUAAAGUGCUUAUUGUCACUGCAAUUGGCUCAUUUCUUGCUCUUGACUCCAUUAACAUUCUAGGACAAAGCUCAAGAAAACAUGUCAAUGAACUCGUGUUCUUCGUAUUCAAUCCAGCACUUGUUGGAAGCAAUCUAGCUAAAACAAUCACCUAUGAAAGCCUAAUAUCACUGUGGUUUAUGCCGGUUAAUAUUCUCCUAACAUUUAUAAUCGGAUCAGUUCUCGGAUGGCUGCUCAUACUCAUUGCUAAGCCGCCUAAACAUCUAAAGGGACUCGUACUUGGUACCUGUUCAGCCGGGAACCUCGGAAACAUGCUUUUGAUUAUCGUACCAGCUGUAUGCAAAGAAAAAGGCACUCCCUUUGGAGACUCCGAUGUUUGCUCUGAGUAUGGCAUGGCAUAUGCUUCAUUAUCCAUGGCUAUUGGAGCGGUGUUUUUGUGGUCGUAUGUUUACAAUCUAGUACGUGUUUUCUCCGAAGAUUCUGGUAACAACAAGACCGAGACCGUAAAAGAAGAUCUAACCAUACCUUUGCUUCCUUCGAGUGAGGCUGAGUCUUCCACUACAACCGAGGGAAAGAUGAAGGUGAUGUUGAAAGCUAUGAAGCGACACUGGCGGAAAUUUUCAAAACGGGUUAACUUGUCGGCAAUAUUCGCCCCAUCUACCAGCGGAGCGAUUGUGGGGUUCCUUAUCGGAACAAUAGCGCCAAUUCGCCGUUUACUGAUCGGCGACACAGCUCCGCUGCGAGCGAUUCAAGAUUCUGCAUCUUUAAUAGGGGAAGCAGCGGUUCCGGUUGUAACUUUGAUUGUAGGUGGCAACCUUGUUAGAGGUCUGAAAGGGUCUGGUGUCUCGAUACCACUUGUGUUGGGGAUCGCAUCGGUUCGCUAUAUUUUCUUGCCACUUUGCGGCAUGCUAAUAGUUAAAGGAGCUCUAUAUUUCGGACUAGUACAUGGAGACCCUCUCUACAUGUUUGUUCUUCUGCUUCAAUUUGCUCUUCCACCCGCCAUGAAUAUCGGUACAAUAACACAAAUAUUUGGUGCGGGUGAGAGUGAUUGUUCGGUAAUCAUGCUUUGGACUUAUGGUUUGGCGUCAAUUUCACUAACCCUUUGGUCAACCUUUUUCAUGUGGCUCGUUGCUUGAUUGAUUCCUUCAUUUGACUGACGUCGAGACCGGUUAUGUUGGAUUGUUAGGUUGCCAACCAUCGUUUUGUUAGUUCUUGAUAGAAUAGGCAAUAUUACAAAAGAAAUUUGAUAUAAUAUUCAAUUUGUAAAACAACAAAAAAAAAAUUGUAGAGUGAUUAUGGGAAAGUGAGUUGUACCUCAUUAAAAUUUGAAAUUUUAUCAAUGUGGGUGAAGUGACAUUUGUGGUGCA